CUUUAGACGUCUUGAUCAAAAAUGGCGGCGGAAGGAGAUAGGGAAUUAUUCGCUGAAGAUGAAAUCAGCAGUUUAACUGAAACGGGUGAAAAGAAAUAUGGCCUGGUGUUAGAAACAGCUGAAACUGGUCAUGACGAUAUAUAUAUUGAGGAGAGUGAAAUGCGUCUUGCUUUAGGAAUGAAUCGAAUUGCAUGGUUUCCAACUGGAGUAACAUCGGUUGUUUCCUCAGAAGAGUUGACCCUAGAAGAUCGUUCUAUUCUACCCUCCGAUAUUGUUCGACGUAUGAAUGAUCCCGGUGGUGUUAAGGGCUAUGCAACCUCCACGAAAAUUUUAUGCAAUCUGGAGGAAAUAAAUGGUUUCAGGAAAUUUUCCAAAGUCGAUACAAGUCAGCUGAUACCGAUAUUUUUUUCCGAUAUUGACAUAAAUGAGCCUGUGGCAAUGGACUGUUGGGCUGGAGUUAUUGAGGACAUUGACCAAGAAAUUACCCUGGCAUUUUCUGACGGUGCAAUGUGCAAGGUUUGCUUAUCGGACGAAACUUUAGAGAGAUUUAAGGAUACUUCAGAUAAGACUGUGGCAGGAGGUUACAAAUUUGCUGAUGUAUUGUAUUAUGUCAGUCAAACGUUGACUGGUUGUUUAUGCGAUUUAAUGCAUGCCAAAUGGACGAGGGAAACAAAAUACCAUAAUUCCAAGUCAGUUAGAAAUGCAGAUAGAAAAAAAACUUGUAAAGUAACAAUAAUCAACAUAAGAGUUAAAGAAGUAGAAGUCGAAUGGGAUGCAUGUGCAAUUACAGGGAAAAAGAAUAAACGACCGAAGAGAAUAAUUCGGGGUCCUAGCUUGAGAAAACUGAAGAAAUUGGAUUGUUUCAAUGCGUCCACUUAUCAAUUGGGAGAUAUAGUCUAUUUCUCUUCCCAUCCACCAAAUGUGGAUAAUCCGGAAAAAAUACGUUCACCCUAUGACAAGUUCGUCAAGUUAGUUAAAGAUAAAAAUUGGAGUCGUUAUGCUAUGCCAGAAUUUGAAAAUUUGGCGCCUUAUGUUAUUACUUAUACAGAAUCUCAUGUAGGAGUUAUGUGGCAGGAUGGUACAACCGAAAAAGACAUUAAUUCUUGCCAACUGUAUCCCAUUAAUUAUCCAGAUGAUAACGAAUACUUUCCAGGGGAUUACGUUUAUUCUCGGGAAGGAAAGUCAUCAAAGCAAUAUGCAGUUGUGAAAAGAGCUGAUCAUUUAGGCAGAACUUGUUUUGUACGUUGGUUUCAAACAAUAUCCGAUUCUCAACAGCCUGAAGUAAUCAAGGACGAAGAAGUUUCUGUUUAUGAACUCAGAGAACACGAUACUUUUACAUUCCGACCAGGAACAGUGGUUGUUAGAUCAAAAAAAUAUACAGACUCCCCUAGUGAUAAUGACACUUAUUCUGAAAACGUUGGACAGGUCUUAGAAAUGUUAACGGAUGGGAGAAUGAAAAUAACUUGGUACGGUAAUACUGAAUCUUUAGUGUACCCAACCGAAGUUAUAGUAAAGUAUGACAGCGAUGAUGAUGAUGACGACGACGACGAUGACGGAGAAUUAGAUUUUGACUCUGAAUCGGAAAACAGUGAUGAUGACUGCGAAAAAUUGAACAAUUCAAACUCAUCUUGGGAGACAGAAGAAGAAGACAGCGAAGAAAUUAAAGUCUGGGAAGGGAAAUCUAUUAAUUUGUGUCUAACACUUAGUAUUGCCUUCGAACACCUGCAAGAAGCUAAAAAAACAGCUGAAGAUGUCUGUGAGUUAAUUAACUCAUUAGGAAAAGGUAAUGAGCUCCCUGAUGACGCAUUGGAAGAGAUAUUAGAAAACGUCAUCUACAAAGUGGCCCCUCUCCUGAUUAAUUCUACGGGUAAAAAAGAGGUUGAGUUAACGAAGAUAUUGAAAAAAAUUAAUAAGCAUCAAUUGAGUGGAGAAAAGAUGGUUAGAAUCUUAAAAGAUAUUAGCGAUACAUUUCAACAGAAUGUUAUCAAUGCCGAAAGUGAAGUAGAGAUCUCCAGUACAGGAUUUUGUUCCGAGGUUGUUGAAAUUAAAGAAGAAAAAGUGGAGCCAGAAGUGCCUGAGGUGCUUGAGGAAAAUGGAGUUAUAGUUAUAGAUGAUAGCGACGAUGAGGGUAUAUCCUAUGAAUUCGACGACGAAAAAAUAAAAUUCGUAGAAAUUGUGCCAGACGAUCAUUACUUCAAAAGACAUAAUCCAGGCACUAAUCCUAGAUUUAUUAAACAUUAUCAUUCUGAAAUGCAAAAGUUAUCCAAGGAUCUUCCCAAGGGUAUUCGUUUGAUUGCAUAUGAGAGCGAUACUCAUAAAUUACGUGUAUUAAUACAAGGAACUCAUGAUACCCCUUAUGAAGAUGGUGUUUUUUUUUUCGAUAUUUACCUCCCCGAAACCUAUCCCCUUGUUCCACCAGAAGUUUAUUAUCAUUCCAUGUAUGCCGAGAGGCUAAAUCCAAAUUUGUACGUAGAUGGAAAAGUGUGCCUAAGUCUGUUAGGAACUUGGUCUGGUAAAGGAACGGAAAAAUGGACACCCAAGUCUACUUUGUUACAAUUACUGAUAUCUAUUCAAUCGUUGAUUCUAGUUGAAGAGCCUUAUUUCAACGAAGCAGGAUACGAACUGCAAAGAAACACUGCAAAUGGUAUGGAGAAUAGUCGCAUGUACAAUGAAAUGGUGCUGUUAACUUUAACUAAGUCAUUAUCUGUUCUCUCUAGAAAAAUUCCAGCUGGUUUUGAGGAAGAAGUUCAGAGACAUAUAAAAGAAACUGGAGGAAAGUUUCUAAAGAGGAUAGAAUCGUGGAUUGAAAAACCUGAUGAGCCUAGGAAGCCGUCAUUUCCCCUUCUUCCUCUUUCUAGAGGAUUUCAAUUAGCUUUCAAUAAGGCUAAAAAAGAGCUGGAAGAAUCAAUUGAACCUAAUAUGAAUAGUUAAUAUUCUUCCUUUAUAGAAAUCAAGAAUUCUUCGACAAAAAAUUGAGUGCCAGUUUAAGAUGAAGCCUUUUUUUUUGCAUUCUUUCGUGUUAACCGCAGUUGCGCUCAUGCCAGUCUUGUCGAAAAAUAUUUUUGUUAUUAAAAAAUCUUUAAAUAAGAUGAAAACUGUUCUCUUUUGA